GUUGCCUCCAUGACCACUCCCUCCACCUCUUUCUAGUUUUUUCAUCUCUUCUGUCCUGUCUCUCUUUCUUGCAUAUACAACACACUUCAUUAUAAACCAAACUUUACAUCUAUUGAAACAACCUCAGAAACCCACAAAACAACCCAAACUAUUAAAUUCUACGACCUUGAUUGCCGACGCACAUAUUCAUGUAUGUAUGGUGUCUUUUUAUCCAAGCCCACCAAGUAAAGAUUGCCAGAGAGUGAUAAAGAUGGGGACUUUUGCAGGGCUUGAUUGUCUCCCUUUCGCACAAGAUGAUGCGGCUGUCGCUGAUAAUUCAAGUAUGAAUUAUGGGUCGGAGGAUCCGAAUAGCAAGAAGAUCCGGAAGCCUUAUACUAUAACCAAGUCCAGAGAGACUUGGACUGAUCAAGAACAUGACAAGUUUAUUGAAGCUCUCCACUUAUUCGAUCGCGAUUGGAAGAAGAUAGAAGCGUUUGUUGGAUCAAAGACAGUUAUCCAGAUACGUAGCCAUGCACAAAAAUAUUUUCAGAAAGUACAAAAGAACGGGACAAGUGAGCAUGUUCCUCCCCCUCGUCCAAAGCGGAAAGCAGCUCACCCAUAUCCGCAGAAAGCCCCGAAAAAUGCCUCUCAAGUUACAGGAGGUUUCCAAUCGUCAGCUGCUAUCCCUGGUUCUGUAGCAUCUCCAAAUUCAAUAGCAGUAGCAGUGCCGAUGAUACCUAUCAGCAUUUCAGCCAUGUCUUCCUGGAACAACAAUAUCCUGCCCCCUUUUAAUGCAGCAGGACCAAAUGAAGUGCAUAACAGUAGCUAUAGUAGCAAUAGUAACGAUCCAAAGAUGUGGCCAACUGGGGAGACGAUGAAUGACAGAAAAGUAAAGCAAACAAUAAAAGUUAUGCCAGAUUUUGCUCAAGUUUACAGCUUCCUUGGUAGUGUCUUUGAUUCCAAUGCAAGUGGGCACAUGGAGAGGCUAAAGAUGAUGGACCCAAUUAAUAUUGAGACGGUACUGAUGCUGAUGAAGAAUCUUGCCGUAAAUUUAACUAGCCCUGAAUUUGAAAAUCAUAGAAGGUUAAUCUCAUCAUAUGAUCCGGACACUGGGAACAGUAAAACUGGUAGUUCUUUCAUUGAUAUGCAUCCAAAUCAGCACACAGAUGCAAUUUUAUCCAUCUAGAAAGUUGAAAUAGGUAGAAAGACACAUUUUUCUGUCUAUGCUUGUAAUCUUUAGCUUCCAUGGCCUCAUUCUGCUCAUUGUCAACUGCACCACAAGGUUGACACGAAACCUAAGCAGUGUUCAUCUCGCUGGAAUCUGCUAAUGAUGAUAAGGAAUGUUUGCCAGCUUCCGAGAGAUUUCAUGCUUUGUAAAAUCCUCCCAUAUGAUGCAUUUGUUUGAGUAGUUGUGGACUUGUGGUGAUAUCUCAGGAAAGAGUUAGCAAAUGUGCAUAUAUGUUGUGUUGGUUCCAACCUUGUUUUUCGGGUUGUAUGUAUCUACAGAGUUAAAGCUAGUUUGUUGAUGUAUUAAUUUGAAAAUUACAAAGCUUUAGUGAAAGAUGUUGAAUUAGUAUUCAAGUGAAAUUGUUUGUAGUUUGUACCCAGAGAUUACUCAUGUGCCGGGAUUGUAUAAUUGUUGGGUUCAUUACAUCCCUGAAGUAUGGCAGUUUGCAGA